UCACAGUGGGGGAAGGCUGCUCCCUAGCAGCCAUCCAUUGGACGCCCCCAGUCCCUGGACAGCUCUAGUCUGCACUCCUGGGCUUUCCGAUGUUAUGAAAGACCGAGAGGAGGGUGGCUUCUAGUGACACGCGCCGGGCUGCAGCCAGACCCACCGCCUGCCUUCACUGAGGUCCCUCGGGACCUUCCUCCAGGCUGGUAACCCAGGCUGACCUCAAACUCACAGCAAUUCUCCUGCCUCAGCCUCCCAAGUGCUGGGAUUACAAGUGUGUCCACCAUGCUCACCGUCUACAUCUUUUCUGACCCCCACUUUGGCCAUCACAGUUACUCCGAACUCUUCAGCAGGCCUUGUGAAGCUGCACCCAUUGACCAGUUGUGGGAGGACCUGGUAUAGGGACCCCGGGUCACAGGAGUGGGGAGGAAGCAGCAUCUGAAGACGGUGUGAGAACGAGACAAGAGUCCAUCUGGUGCAGCUUGGAGGACCAAGCUAGGAAAUACCUGCCUCAGAGCGAGAGUCGAUGGAGCCUGGCCGUGGAGCAGGUGCAACCCCUUUGCCCAGGAGCCCCCUGAACAGCAGCAAGGGGAGCCCCCCGGGCAUGGACACCUCCAAGUUCAAGCCCCAGACCCCGCCUUCCUCAAGCCCCAGAGGCAGCUCCCAAGGACAAGACCACCUAGAGCAAGCCCGGCCUCCCCCGCCAAGCCCUGCCAGCAAGGACUGUCUGGGGAUUGGCCCAGGGCUUGGGACUCUGAAGAAACGGGACUCCAGACCCUCCUCAAAGGAGAGCUGCGUUUCCCUCCUGAAGGGGCCUCGGCAGGACGAAGGCCCCAACGCGAAGACCCAGGAGCGAAGAAGGAGUUCGCCUCCCAGCCAGAAGGGCAGCAUCAUCCCUGACAACAUUCGCCACAAGUUUGGGAGCAAAGAGGUGGACCAGCUGGUCUCCGAGGAGCAGGCUCGGAGGGUCAUCAGUGAAGUCUUGGAGGGCCAGAAGAAGAGAAGCUCGUGGUCCAGUAGGACCCAGAGUCCUGUGAAAAUCUCCUCCAUCUUUUCAGACUACUAUGAUCUGGGUUACAACAUGCGGUCAAACUUGUUUCAAGGGCCACCCCAAGAGACCAAGAGCCUCAUGAAAGCUUCCUACACGCCAGAGGUGCUGGAGAAAUCAGUGCGGGACUUGGAACACUGGCACGGCAGGAAGACAGACGACCUGGGACGGUGGCACCAGAAAAAUGCCAUGAACACGAACUUACAGAAAGCACUAGAGGAGAAAUACAGAGAAAAGAGCAAAUCCAGGGCCUCCAAGUACUAGAUAUGGCACAGAAGAGGCACCCUCAGCUCAAAGAAAGUGCUAACAAUAAAGAAAGGACAAAUCAGAAUCCUACUCCUCCACUCAAUGGCUUGCUUCAUGCCGGGAUGGGG